AUGGAGAGAACAAUAAAAUUAUCGACAGUUAGAUCAACUUUAGGUCUGCUGACAACAGUUCAUCAAUUACCAACAAACUAUCAGGUACAAUACAUCAAGAUCAAGACAGAAACGCCACUCGAUUUGACAAUCAAGCCUUUUGCUGAUCAGUUGGGAGUUGCUAUGACUCCACCAAGUACUCCAAGUCCAAUUAAAAAACGAUACCGUGAGAUCGAAAACGAAGACCAAACCAAACCAUUUGAAACGAAAAUUUUAUCGCCAUUAAAAAAAAGAUAUCGCGAAAAUGAUCAGAAAUUCAUUUUAACACCGCAACAAAUAAAACAAGAAACGACGCCAAAAAAAUCUUCAGCUAGAAUUACUUCAAUUAAUCAGAAAAGCUCAAAAAAUCCUCCAACAACAAAUACGAAAGAACGAAAGUCCAAAGCGAUAAGAAAAUUAAAAUUCGAUGAGUUUCGAUCGUCUCCGGUGUCGGGAACAAUUAUUAGAACAUUAGAGGAAAUUGAUGAAAAUGAUAUUCAAGAAUCAGGUGACAUCGAUCCGCAAUACAACAUCGUUGAAGUGACUGAUGAAGCGAAAAAUGAACUUGCACAAAUUCCCAACGUCAUUGGCGCUUAUUUGUGUAAACUAUGUCGAAUAGAGUUCGAUGACGCUUUCGGUCUCGCUCGUCAUCGUUGCAAUUGCAUUGUUUUACUUGAAUAUCGAUGUCCUGAAUGUGGAAAGAAAUUUAAUUGUCCUGCGAACUUGGCGUCUCAUCGUCGAUGGCAUAAGCCACGCGACCAAAUGAAUAAAAAAACAUCAGAGUCGUCAGAGAACGAACCGUCGUUUCCUUGUAAAGAAUGCGGAAAAUGCUUUAAGCGACAAGCUUAUCUGAAAAAACAUCUUGCAACACACAACAAAAAGCCAAACGCUACAACAACAAUGUCCACUUUGAACAAUCACAAAAAGCUAUCAUUAUUGCAAAAUGAAUCGUCGGCGAGUUCAUUCAACGCUCAUUCAAGCCAUUCGCAUGACAGCGCCGACAUUCUCAUACCACAACCUGUGUUCAACUUCAAUCGCACGGAAUCGCCUACACCAUCAUCAGACAGCGAACAUGAAUUAGUGAUAAAUGAGAAUAGUAACUCUUCAAUUAAUUCCAUGGCAUCCACGGCCUCCGCAAAAUUCAAUUUACUAAGCAAUCGAUUUACAGAGGACGAAAAUAUCGCGAUAAGUGCGUUGGCAAAUUUACGUAGUGGAUCGUCAGUUAUUCGACAUACUUUAGCAGUGUAA